AGAUUGAGAAUUGGAUUAUAAAUUAUCCCUUUUCUUUCCGACACCCACCUCUCACUUUGCUCUCUCUCCCUCAUAUCUUAUCGACACUGUAAACUAAUUUUAGAGAGAGAGAGAGAGAGAGAUUACAAAAUUAAAGUGGAAAGAUAGAAGCAGCGCGCGGCAAGAACAAUGGAAGGUGUCUCUACAAGCAUGUACAAAGGUUUGAGAGGCUACUGGCGGAGGAGAGGCUACGAGAAGCUAAGUGGGUCGGGUCGACUGACGGAGGUGCGUUCGGGCCGCAAAAGGCGUGCGCGGCGGAUCCGAAUAAAAAUCAAAAUGAGUCGGAAGCUGAAGCUGAGCUUCCUGAGAAUCAGAAGAAUGCCUUCGCCGAAGAAGUUGUUGGUUUGGCUCCGGGACGCCUAUGUCAAACUGAUGCUGGGAUUCGCUAACUCGGGGAUGUUUAGUACCGGCUACGGUGGGCCCAUGUGCGACUACGGUACCGGUUCCUUCGGGAAGGGCCCACUUAAGGAGUAUGAUGAGAAGAUGAUUGUCGAGAUCUACAAGUCACUGAUGCUGGCGCAAGGUCAGUUGGUGGCCCGCGACGCAGCCAAGUUUGGCUCAGAAAUCGUUAGCCGACGGUAAGGUAAAUCCGGACAUCACACACGGUGCAGCCUGCACGCACAACAAGUGAAAGAUAAAAAUGUUGUUGUGUGUUUCCGUUGUAAGUUAAGAUUUUAGUAAUCUCUUGUUGUAAUAAGAUCAUAAUAAUAUGAAUGAAUUCGUUGCUGGAGCCUGGCAGCCUGGCAGCCUGGUGGUGAUAGA